AUGUCGCUCCUACGAAAUCGUACCAACUUUCAAACUGAUGUGGAGGACGAUGAUAGAAUUCCUAGUCAAGCCGACAAAAGUGUUUUAUUUCAAACAACAAGAGGAACCGUCCGACACUCUCAGCAAUUAGUUCGCAGCCAGAUUCUAAACCCAAAACUAACCCAAGAUCGAAGAAAUAAAGCACGAGAUGCAUUGGCAGCGGUGCGAGGUGCUGGCGAUAAACUGAGAGGGAUUAGUCUCCUUAGUGGUCUAGCUAGCAGUCCAGUGACAGAUGCCAUCCCUGCAAAUGCCACAGGUGAUAAAACUGCUCCGGUAUCAGGCUUGAAAAGGGCCGGCGGAUCAACUGCGAAUAAUCAAGGGCCGGCUAGAAGAGCAAGGUGGAGUUGGAUGGCUCAUUCACCUAACGUCGUAGCUGACCUCAAAAACUUUAUGCCACUUCAAUUUGAGUUUCCUCCACAUCCCGAAGGAGACCGCAGUAAUGAUUGGUUUCAAAAUGCAUAUGCCGUCUUAUUUGAUCGAAUCAUUGCAUUUGCUAAAGAUUACUUUGGGUUUCAAUAUUUAGAGGGAGGCCUUGAUGAGCCUUGGGCCAUUAACAUGCCAGAUGAGUUUUACAGAUACGUGGAGCUUAUUGCUGAACCGGAUCCUGUAGUUGGAGGAUGGGAUGAGAUGUUAAAACAUACGGCGACAAGGAAAUUUCUUAUUGUGGGUAUUAUAGUAAAGAUAUCGGAGGUGAAGGUUUUUGCACCGAAUCUAUGGGGAAAUACUAAAGAGGGGGAAGAUUUUCUGCAUAGUUUAGAUCGCGCACUUCUGGAUAGUGAAGGCUACAGUCGUCAGCAACUCCGUAGUAAAUCUAUUCGCACUCUCCUAGGAGGAGCAUCCGUAACCCCCAACUUUCACAAAGAUUGCACGACCCUCACAGCACAAAUAAUCCUUCUCUUGGGUCCUCUUUUUGACUACCUCUGCCUUCUUCCCGCUCCCCCCAACACCGCCAUUCCUCAAUCUACAACGCUAUAUCAAUCCCUCCACAACAUAAUCUCAAGCGCCGCCUACAUUUCCCUUUGUACACGUAUCUCUCCAACCAUAAUGCACAUCACAUCUCUCGUUCCAGGCGGCUUCUACGAUCCCGAAGAACACACAUCUAUCCUUCAACCAUCGUGGACUCUUUCUAAAAAUAUCAUUCAGACUACAUGGACCAGAGAUCAUGAGCUGAUGGAAGCUGAACGCGCGCAGGCCGAAGGCUAUACAAUGGGCUAUGAAAAUGCCGGCCCGGCCCGCCAGCAGUCGAAAGCAGGAAUGCUAGCUCUUCAAAGGUUUCUCGAAGCUCAAAAGAAAUUGGCUGAACAUAAACCACCGGGAUAUACGCAUCAGGCGAGUGUUAAGAUUGCAGUGUGGCCUUUUACCCGCAGAUAUUGGGCUGGAAAUUCAAAACCAGGAGGUGACAUGGAUGGACAAAGUGUCUUUAAUGUUACUGGUGCUGGAGCGGUAUUUUAUUAUAAAGAAUUAGAUAAACCUGUCGAAUCACUUUUUGAUUUUGUUGCACAAAAGAAGAAGAUGUGCACGGUAAAAGGAAAAGAGGCAGUCCUUGCCGCUUAUGAAUAUUCUGGAUCUCCAGGUGCAGAGUGGUUGGCGAAGAGGAGAGAUUUUCCUCUGGGUAAUGUGAAGGAUGCGUACUCAAAAGCAACAGAUGGUAUCAAGGAUACCUACGAUACAAUUUAUUCAAGGGCAGCGGAGAAUGCUCAGGAAGGAUAUAAUGCAUAUGCAAGUCACGCAUCGGAAGCAGGAAAAGCUUAUGAUUCAUUUUCUUCAAAGGCGAAAGAGGAACUGAAGGAUGGUUUUCAACAUGGAACAUCCAAGGCUGGGAGUAUCUAUGAUAAGUUAACAUCAAAAGCUAAAGAAGGUGUUCAGGACGGUUUUGAUGCGGCAAGUGAUGUGGUGGAGGAUGCUUAUGAGAAGGUUUCUUCCAAGGUAGCGGAUGCGGCUGAAACUGUGUAUGAGAAAGUUUCUCCUAAAGCAACAGAUGUGGCAAAGGAUGCGUAUGAGACGGCUCCGAACUAUGCACUCGGGCGUUGA